UUGGCCUAGAUAGUUGUACCCGAAAUAAACUUCAUGUAGGCCUAGUUCGAUCAGCAAAGACAUCUGGCCGGGAGAAAGUGACCGAAAUACAUAUGAAAAGACGAAGUUGAAGCUUGCUUUGCGUGGGCAGCAACGACGUCAACGAUGGAAAGAGUAAGGAUAGCAGUUAGCACCCUUGAGUUUGUACUGGUGUACAAUCCUAUUUCGCUUCCUGGUGACUGUGAUGACUUCACACUUAUUGGUGUUCAAUUCCAUCAUCCACUUACUGGUCCACUCACGUAAUCUGUUGAGGUCUAGUUGCAGCUGGUCAGCAUCAGCAUCUGACUGAACUGUGAGGUAGAUGAUAGCAUCAUCAGCAAAUAUUCAAACUCUUGACUUGAUCAGUGUCACAAUGCGACUGCUCUUCACCCAUGUGGGACUUUGUGUCUCAUGAAGACAACGAGGCACUGAUCGAUAAGUUCAGAACAGAAAGUAAGAAGGUCAUCGACGGGUGGUCCUUGGGGAAUGCAUCCACUACCGAGAGAGAUGCAGCAGUUUCUUUUUUGGUUCAGCUUGGAGCCGUGAGAAUCACUUUUCAGUCUAGCAGUGAUCACAUACAUUCUGAGAGACGAGUGUCCGUCCAAUUUGAGGACAGACCACUUUUGGAGACAAAACGUGAUGGUCCUGAUACGGCAGAUCCCCCACCGAUAAAGAAUGAGGACAUCGGUAGCAGAGAGAAGUCAGGUAUCUUGACAUCUGAGUCACAAGCAAGCAGUCCCAAAGAUGUGCCAGUAGACAGUGGUGAUGAUGGGGACAAUGAAAAUUAUUCAGCAUGGAUGAGCGAACCUAGUGAUGAUGAUGAUGAUGAUGAUAAUGAUGAUGAUACAGUAACUGCAAAGGAGGAUGAUAGAAGUGCAACUCAACAACCAAGCGAGGAACACCCAUGUCCUAAUUGCCAUGCAAUCCUACACAGCACCUGGGAAUUAGAUCUGCACAAAGUGAACAAUUGCGAAAAGGAUCCCAUCAAGUAUGUGUACAAUUGCGAUCAAUGCACAAAGUCUUUUCUCUGGAAGCUUAAGCUAAUUUCGCAUUUACGCAUUGAUCAUAAAAUGACCCCUCAUGAUGUUAUUGUAAAGCUUAAAGAAUUGGAAAGUACCAAGAUUCAAAGAGGUUUGGAAAUUGAGGCAUCCAAGAAGGAAUCACACAGACGGCAAGGCCUCAGGAAAUCUAGUGGUGAAAGAAAGAGGCAAAAAGUGUCAGGGAGAAAGAAAGAGGGUGAAGGGAGUGUACAGAAAGCAAAACGAACCAGAAGCGACAAAGCAGUUGCACCUCCGAAAUUGAAGAGACUGUGUGUCCGUCUUAAAAAAAUAAAAACGGACGAUAGGGAUGAAUUUAGUUCUUCCAGCAGGCAGACAAGAUCUAGUGAGACAGCUGUGGUUUCUAAUGUAGAAAUAGCACCACAGAACUGUUCUUCUAAUGAUCAUCAAAUCCUAGAAGCCUUGGAUGCUAAAUACGAUUGUGAGAGACGUGCUAUAGAGGAAGUUGAUGAAGAUGAAAUUGUGAGGGAAGAGAAGACAGAAUGUAAAGACAAUGAAAGACCGACUGUGUUGUCAGAGUCUGAGUUCAGUGAGGCUAGAUCAUUGGAAGAGAAUGGCAAUUCAUUAGUUAACUUUCAGAGCAGUGAUGACAAGGGAUUUACUGAUGAGAAUGUAGAUACCCCCUCUAGCCCUACAAAUGAGAAUAAGAAAGGUGAGGUUUUAACUGACCUGAUUGUUGCUGACACCCCGGAAGUCAUGCUUGAGCCAUGUGAAGAAAGUGAUCAAAAGAAUGUUAAAAUUAAAAGGGGAAGAAAGGUAUGUGAUCAAAACACAUGUAACUCCACCAUUAGUUCAAAAUCAGAGAGUAAAGAAAGCAUUUUCGGAUGCUUGCUCUGUGAUAUGAAAUUCAAAAAGGCUCAUCAAUGUCACAAGCACAUGCGCGCUUGUCAUAAAGAAAGCAGGCAUCGGGAGUUCACAUGCAGCACAUGUGAUAAAACUUUUUUAAGAAGAUUAGAUUAUGCAAAUCACAUCGAAACCCAUAUGGACAGAAACAAAAGGCAGAAAUAUCACUGCAAGGAAUGCAAUAAGUCCUUCGUGUCGAAGAAUUACAUCACAUCACAUGUUCAUAUGAAAAUGCAUGCUGAGAAAUUCAAAUGUGAAAUAUGUGGUCAGGAGCGUCCAACCAAAAAGACUCUUGAGCGUCACGUCAAAUUUGUUCACACCAAAGAAUUCCCCUGCCACCUCUGUAAGAAGGUCUUUGCCAGAAACAAGUAUUUAAAGAUGCAUAUAGAAGAUCAUGAACUUGGACGGAAAUAUAAAUGCGAAGAAUGUGGAAAAGCCUUCCUGCGUCCUUUUCUACUGAAAGUGCACAAGGAACAUGUCCAUUUAGGUGCCUCUCAAUGCCUUUGUGAACUUUGCGGAGAAACUUUCAAGACUCCACAUAUCUUGAAACAGCACACUGACACUGUCCACUCCCUUGUUCACAAGUACUCUUGUGAUGUUUGCGGGAAGAAAUUCAAGCGCACAUCCGGCCUGAAUCGCCAUAAGAAGGUCCAUUCCAAUGACCUGAUGUUGAGGCGUUUUCCUUGUUCACUGUGCGAUAAGCGCUUCCAUGAUCAAAGCAAGUUGAAGGUUCAUAUGGAUUGGCAUAAUAAUGUCAGGUCACAUACGUGCGGUAUAUGCGAGAAGUCGUUUUUGACGAAAGGUAACCUAACAAAGCACAUGUUUACCCACCAGGAUAAGAAACCCCAUGAAUGUGAGAUUUGUUCUGUAGGUUUUAUAGACCUGCCAGGCCUCAGGAAACAUAUGGAAGUAAAGCACAAGGUCACCCUGAAAAAAAAGAACACCAAUGCAAAACUUGAAGCCACCAAGUUAGUUGAAGAUGAACACCUAGUCAAUAAAUCUGCUGCAGGGCCACAUUUACCAUCAGAAUCAAGGUCUGCAGACACUGCCAAUGAUGGUCCACUUCAUCAUCAAAAACACUUGACCGACGACCAUGUUUAUCAAGUAUCUGGGGCCAGCGUUUAUCAAGAUCCUGAGCCCAGUGUCAGUGAAAGUGUUGGACAACUGCUUCUAGGAAUGAUGAAUUUGUAGAUGCAUGCCAAAUGAACCUUGAAGAUUGAAAUAUAUUCUGAAUAUUGCUCAGAAGUUUUCGUUCGGAUGACGGAUGCUUCUAAUUUGGCAUUGAACUACAACCGUAUUGCCAUUGGGUGUACUAAAGGGUUUCUGUCUUCUGACUCUGAAAAUUACUAUUGUGGUAGCUUUGUCAUUCAAUGGUAACUACCACGGUAACGCUCAUCAACGGCCAAUCAAAAUCCAGGAUCUUGGCAAUUUACCAUUGCAUGGCAAAGUUAUUGUAAUGGGAUUUGAAUCCCAGCCUUGGCGUUCAUUUCUGUAAGCAAGAGAGUUUUCCAUUCUGUGCCGCACUCAACCAAGGUGUGGUAUGGGGAGCAUUUCGUGAAAGGACUUAUUGGACGUUUCGUCCAACAAGUCCUGUUUUAUUCGACAGUUGGCAUAGUACAUGUAACAGUGCUUAUAAUCCAAUGAUAAUUAAGGAAAGAUGUCAGAUCUGACAACUUGUCAGACAAAAAUGUUGAUGAAACGCUCCCCGAAAGCAUUAAUUAAUGGUAGUGUGCAAAUUGUUCAGUUGUCAAUUUCACCAUUUAAACAAAAAAAAAAACUGGGGGGGGGCUGAUUCCGCCCACCCCCCCUCGACAUUUUUCGCAAUAAAUCCGACGCUCGAAAUAUUUUGACCGCGUCGCUCAAUGACAUUUUACUUUCAAGUCUCACGCAACUUUUGAGACCAAAAUACGCAGUUCCGAAAUACGCAAAAUUUCGAAAGUGCAUUCAGACCCCAAAUUACUAAAAAAUGUGAAUUUGUCUACAAAUCCAAUGCUAAUAGCGUUUUCAGCCAAAAUUCAUAAAAUGUACCAUUAUAUUGCCUUUUACUGCUCGAAUCAAUUAAUUUUACCUUGU